AUGUCCUCUUCCAACACGGUAGAACAGGACACUCAUAGUUCACACGUUUCGGUUGGAGCACGUGGCGCUGGGAAACGUGAUCCAUCCACAGAAGAUAUCAGGACCAAUGCACCAUUUGAUAAACGGCGGAAACAGCAACACAAUUGGAUCUCUGAAUUGAACCACAUCAAUUCAAUCAAUCUUAGUGAGAAUUGUGAAAAUCUGCGAAAACUGGAUCAGACAACCGCACAGUUGCUUUUGCGUCAUCUGCAACUGUCUGAUUGGUUGCAUGAAUGUGCUGCGUGUCAAAUCUACUUUAUUGAUCAAGAAAUGUGGUUACAUCAUCGGGAACAGAUGCACAAUAGGAAAACACCGGAUCAGCCGUUCGUUUGUGCUGUCUGUUCUGAGGAUUUGGGCGAUCGUUUAGCUUUCAUCACUCAUUUUGUACAAAAUCAUCGCACGGAUAAGUCCGAAUUGCAUACCCCUCCAGUUCUCACACCCGCGAAAUCCAUUCAAAGUCCGGAUUUACUCGAUGGGGACAAUACGGAUUCAUCAACAACAGUUCAGCCGAUCGUGGCGAAUAAAUACACCGAACAGGAGGAGGAGGAGGACGAGGAAGAGGAGGGAAUGGAGUGUAGUUCGACGUCAAAUCGUCUAAACGGUUCGGUUUCACCGCAAUCCGACUCAUGUCCAAGUCCGUCAGCAGUAUCAAGACCGGUUUCAAAAACCGAAGAAUCAAGUCCUUUAAAACAGCUUUCUCCAGUGAGAAAUUUGCCUGUUCUAACCGAUUCAAACACCAUGCCUAAUAUCAUAUCGACUCAGUCCUGA